AGUCUAGCCUUAAACUCACUAAGUAAUCCUGAUUACUUAAUUAUAGACUUAAGUCUAGGUAUACUAAAAAUGCAGCUAAUUAAUUUCUAUAAUAUAAUUUACCUAGAAGACCCUAAUAGUAUAUUAACUAUAUUAAGAGAGAAUAUCUUACUUAUUAUUCUCUAUAAUAGCUCUUUAUUACUAGGUGAUUUUAAUAUAUAUUAUCCUUAUUAUAUAGUUUAUUUAAUUAACUAUAUAGAGAACUAUUCUCUAAGGCUAUUAAAUAAACCAGGGGAAGGUAUCUUCUAUAGACCUAAUAUAUCUAUUUCUUCCGUAUUAGACUUAAGUUUUACUACUAGUAGAAUAGUAACUAAGAUUAAAAACUGGCAAGUAUUACUAGACUUAGGUUCUAAUUACUUCGGGGUUCUAUUUACUAUUAGUAAGUCGACUUAUAGCUCUAGUUCUAAUCUAGUUAGAUUUAAUACUAAGAAAGCGGACUGGGCUAAAUUUAUAAGCUACCUUAUUAAUAGCCUUAAGAAUAUACCUUUUCUAUUUACUAGUAUAUCUGGAAACCAUAAACUAGACCUAUUAGUAGAAGACUUUACUAAUAGAAUAGUAAAAGCAGCUAGUAAUAAUAUUCCAAAAUCUACUACUAGUUCGUAUUCUAAACCCUAG